AUCACUUGUCAUCACUGUCUUGGACUUUCCCCACCACCACCACCAAGAGUCUCAAGUAAGCACCACUCCUCCUUCACUUCCUCCCUCCAUCUCUGCCACAUCAGAGCAAGAGGGGAGAAAGAGGAGGGAAUGGGCAGCUCAGAGGAAGAGAGGCUGGUUCAGAUGGUCCAUGACUUCAUGGAAUCAGACGCACCACCACCACCACCCACCACUCCAUCCACCACCGGAACCACCUCCCUCCACCAGCAAACUCUCCUCCUCCUUGAGGGAAUUCUUGGGGACAACACGCAUGCUGAAAUGGAGGUCUUUGAGAAGGCCCUGAAGCAUGUUAGGGAUGCAGGGGAUGAAAGGAAGAGGAGCAAAGUGAAUAAGAGGCUAAUGAUGAGACUAAGAAUGGAUGGUUAUGAUGCUUCACUCUGUAGGUCUUCUUGGGUUGCAACCAUGGAGUGUCCUGGAGGUGAUUACGAAUUCAUAGAUAUAGUAAUGGUGGAUGGGAAUGGUGUCUCAGCAAGGAUAAUAAUAGACAUAGACUUCAGGUCCCAGUUUGAGCUUGCCAGGCCCACCUUAGCCUACACUCAGCUCUCCAGCAUUCUGCCUCCUAUCUUUGUUGGCAAGGAAGAGAAGCUUAAGAAGGUUGUCUCCCUUCUGUGCUCAGCUGCACAGCAGUCCCUGAGAGAGAGGGGGCUCCACAUCCCCCCAUGGAGGAGAUCCAGCUACAUGCAGGCCAAGUGGCUCUCCUGCUGUCAGAAGGCUUCAACCAUUCCCUACACCAGCAGCUCCAUCCAGGACAUUGCCAAGCUCAAGGGAAGGCAUGCCUCCACCAAGAGCAAGGGUAGGGAUGCUGAAUCCAAGGGGCCAAAAGGGUCUGCUCUCUCCAGCCAGUUCUCUCACCUGAGUAUAAAUUGCUGCUAAGUUGGAUUCCAGUCUUACAUAGUAGUUUGUGGCCUCAUGAGUUUGGGUCUUUGUGUCACCAGGACUUUUGUCAUGUCUUUCUGCACUGAGGCACUGAAUCAGUUUUGCUAAAGGAAGUAGUGAGAGUGAGACAGAGAGAAAUAGUUUUGGAAUGUGAGUCCAUCUUCUAGAAAUAGAUGGGAAGGUCAUUUUGGCAGGGGUUGGUUGCUGCCCCUUGUAGACACUUCCUUGCCUGGUUUUGGCUGCUCUCUAUGGGAGCAUGUAUGACUUUUUGUCCUCCAUAAAUAUGUUGCUGGUU